AUGACGGUGACUUCGGCGUUGCACCGCCCGGUCCAGAAGCAAGUGCCCAGUCUAUCAUCCCAGCUGGUCGGAAGUAUAUUCGACUUUUGUCAAUACUGGGCCGUCGCGGCUCUUCCGCUGACAUCCGCCUUUCUGAUCCCACCCAAGCAGCAGCAGGCGAUCCUCCACGAACCGAAGCCAGACCUGCAAGAGGAGCACGAGGCGCACGACCACCAGUUAUUCGACAUCCUCUCGCUCCUCGAGUCCGCGGUGGAAACUUACUCGCCCGUCCAGCAGAUCACCUCGUGGCUCGAUGAGGUAGCAGAGGCGACCAACCCCAGCGAGGAACACCUCUCGUCUCCUCCUCCGCCGCCCUUCCGCCGCCCGUCUCCGCCGCCGUAUCCGCACCACCCGCCCUCCAACAAGUCACUGUACGAUCUGAUCUCCGAGAAUCCUCACACCACCAUCCUGGCCCGCAUCGUCCACGACGACUCGCAACUGGUGGAGCUGCUGAACCGCACGGCCGCCAACCUCACCUUCUUCGCGCCCACCGACGAAGCGUUUGCCAAAAUCCCGCAUCACCACCACGACCGACACCGUCACCACGAUGACCGCGACAGCUAUGACGGAGACGACGACGACGACGACGACGACGACCGUCACCACCACAAACCACCCCCGGAGCUCAUCCGCGCGGUGCUGAAAUACCACCUCGUCUCCGCGGUGUACACGCCGGCCGAGCUCUUCCACGCCCACACGCUGCCCACCCUCUUGACCUCGCGGCUGCUCAGCCCUAAGCCCGACGCAGCCCCGAGCAUUGCCCACAACGACAACGACAACGACAACGACAACGAGCAGGACAACCUCCCGCAACGCCUCAGCAUCAGCACCACGCUGCACGGCCCGACCCUGAACCACUACAGCCGCAUCCUGGCGACCGACAAACGCGGCGCCAACGGGCUCCUCUACACGAUCGACGCGAUCCUGCUCCCGCCGCCCUCCCUGCUGACGCUGACGACCAUCGUGCCCACGCAAUUCAGCACGCUAACACUCGCCCUCCACCGCACCGGUCUGGCAGCCCAGCUCAACCGCUCCCACCACUGUCCCCACCACCCCAAACCCAGCCCCGGAGACCCCACCCCGAAACCAACCACCAACCCCCCCUCCCCCGAACCCCUUGGAAAAAGCCCAGGCCGAGGGGGAACAUACUUCCUCCCCACGAACCGCGCGUUCAGCGCACUGGGGUACAAGCUCAACGCCUUCCUGUUCUCGGAGCACGGGACCCCGUACCUGCGCGCGCUGCUGAAGUACCAUCUCGUGCCGCAUCGCACGCUCUACUCGGAUGUGGAGUAUACAAGCCACGGCAAGAUCGAGGCGGUGCAUGGGCUGAAGCAUUUCGAUCUGGAGACGUGGUUGGAGGGGCGGACGGUGCCGGUCGAGGUGGCCAAUUUGGGGCCGUGGGGGGGCGUCACUGUUGCUGGGGAGCGGGUGGGCGUGAGGGAUUUGGUGGUCGCGGAUGGGGUCGGGCAUGUUCUUACUCGCUCUGUUCUUGUUCCUAGGUGUGAGGGGGAUAGUUAUGGGGAUGCUUUUGGGGAUACUUAUGGGGAGAUGACGGUUGAAGAGCUGGUGGGGAGGUUGCAGGGUUUGGUGGAUUUGGAGUCUGAGGAUGGGGAUGGGGAUGGGGAGGAAGAGGCGGAGGAGGUGGUUUGGGGGCAGUUGCAUGAUCUUUUGGAGUUGUAG